AUGGUGUUUGUUCUAGCAGCGAGACCUCGGCUUCUCUAUGUGUCCAGCAGACAGCUCCACAGUUUCAACAAGCGGUUGCUCUCGAAGACUGUGUCCACCAAGCUCUUGAACAUUUCGAAUAGCUCUACCAAUAAUCGUAACAAUUCCAAUAAUAGCAAUAAAAAUCGCAACAAUAGCUCCAAUUACACCUCGUUCAAGGGACGUAACGGUAGUGUUGCUCUUGUUUCCGGCGUCAUCAUCGUAGGCUCGUACAUCACCUUCUCUCUGUCUAACUACUACAACUUGGAUACGUUACCUUCUCAUAAUGGCAACAAUAACGGCAAUCCUCGUUUGUUGACAGCUGCUGCAAAUGAUGGUAAAAAGUACUUCUCUACGUCGACGUCGUCCAUGCACCAGAAAAACAGUAUCAGCCAACAACAACACAAAGAAGGUGUCUUUCUCCUCAACGAAGAGCAGGUUUCGGCUAAAUUGAGACAGUUUGAAGAGUCCUACUUCGUCCAUAGAGGAAGAGGAGUCACACGAUACGAUAUUUGCCAAUUGCCGUCAAAUUCGCCAAUUGAAGAUGACCGUGCUGAAGAGAUUGUGCAAGUUCCAAUUCUACAAGAGAAUAACAUUAAGACCUCAACAGACUGGAUGUUCUUUGGAGUCUUUGACGGUCAUGGCGGCUGGACAACCAGUAGCAAACUCCGCGACCAGUUGAUCGGCUAUAUAAUCCACGAAUUGGGUACUAUCUUCAAGACAGCCAGCACUGAAGAAAACUUACGCUAUGUGCCAAACAGCGCUACUAUAGACCAGGCCAUCAAGAAUGGUUUUUUGAAGUUGGACCACGAGUUGGUCAAUAAGAACAUCGAGAAGUUGUUGAAUGACAACAAUAAAGCAAAAGCGGCCGAGUUGUUGAUGCCGGCCUUGCUGGGCUCGUGUGCUUUGCUUUCUUUCUACGACACCAACUCCAAGACGUUGAAAGUAGCAGUAACAGGCGAUUCCAGAGCCAUAUUGGGUUCCUUUAAGGACAACCAAUGGACUGUUCGUCAAUUGAGUAUCGACCAGACAGGUUCUAAUCCCACAGAAGUAGCCCGUAUCAUUAGUGAGCAUCCUGAUGAGUCCAAAGUAAUUCGUAAUGGUAGGGUUUUAGGAUCGUUGGAGCCCACGCGUGCUUUUGGAGAUUGUCGCUACAAACUUCCAGCAUCCAUACAAGAAAGGAUCUACAAGCAGUUUUUUGGCAAAAGAUUGCCUAAUCACUUGCAAUCACCACCGUAUGUUACGGCUGAGCCGGUGAUAACCACCACCAAGAUCAAUCCCGAGAACAACGACUUUCUUGUCAUGGCUUCUGAUGGACUCUACGAAAUGUUGACCAACGAAGAGAUUGUGGGCCUUGUAGUGAAAUGGAUGGAAAAGGAGAAGGUGAUUAAGCCACAGAAGUCGUUCUGGAACGUUUUUGGCUCUAAUGAGAAUAAGUUGCCUGAAGUUUCAGACGUGACUAAUGACAAAUCGCUGAAGAAGCCGAUUCGCAAGACUAAAGGAUCCAACGGAGCUUUUCUUUUGGAAGACAGAAACGUUUCUACGCAUUUGAUCAGGAACGCCCUAUCAAAUGGAGGCUCGAAGGAACAGACCACCAUGCUCAUAUCCAUUCCAAACCCAGUAUCUAGACGUUAUAGAGAUGAUUUGACGGUGACAGUCGUUUUCUUUGGCGAAGAUGUCCAUGGCGAGAACGAGGCUGGCAAGUUAGAGAUCAAUGCCAAUGCCACCGCUGGUGGUAUCGAUUCGUCCAAGCCCAAGUUGUAG